UAUAAACGGCACGCCAACAAAAGGUGGAGCGAGGCAAAACGGUUUUGUUGUGUUUUGGCGCUAGAAAAUAAUUUUCUUUAAUAAAAAUGCCUCCUAAAAAACGAGAGAAAGAACCGGACGUAUCAAAAAAUCCUCGAAUUGAUCACAUACAAGCGGAUCAUGAACUCUUUUUACAGGCUUUCGAAAAACCCACACAAAUAUAUAGGUACCUAAGAACGCGAAAUAUGUGUUCGCCCAUCUUUUUAAAUCGUACCCUAACUUACAUGAGAGAUCGUAUGUCUAGGAAUAACAAAGGAAGAGCUAAAUUUAAAAUUGAUACAUUGCUACAAAAAAUUAGUGAAAAGAAAGAGACCAAUAUUAUACAGCCAGGAUAUAUAAAUCUUACAUUCUUAGGGUUUAAUAUCAGUUCAUUGAGUUUUGGUACAGACUUUGCUCAAGUUGAAACUGUAUUAUUAAAAAUUACACACAAAAAGAGAAAAGACAGUUCGGCACCAAGCAUGCAGAUAACAUUAGGUACAGCAGAUGUACCUAUAAACCCAUUAGACAGUCAGUUACCCUUGACGGCACCAACUAUUAGUAUACCUACCGAAUCAUUUAGUAAUGGUACAGGACCUAUAAUAAAAAGCUACAUUUUGCUAUUCCGUGUUAAAGUCACUAUUGAUACAGAAAAUACUGAAUUGGAGGAACCUGCUGUUAAAAAGAGGAAGUCGAGCAAUGUUUUAGAUAGUAGUAAUACAAAAAUUUAUGGUGCAGAGCUUACCAUAUAUGAUAAGCACAAUAGGUGUUAUCUGUCUGAUGGUGAUUAUGAUGUGGUAGUUCAUGAUGUAUCAGCCAUUUCUAGAAAUUCACCCAAAAAGCAUUCUAGUUGGGAAAAUAUUAACGACCUGGUCGAAACUUGUGGAAAUAUUGAUGCAUUUUUAAAAGGGGCAAUACUGAAAUUCAAACUAAAUUGGUCUAGUGUAGCCUGUGCUAAAGUCGUUGACAGACCGAAGCCCUAUCCUCUAUCAGACAAUAAGGAAAAUAAUUCCGCCUUAGCUAACGGAGACACUGACAUUGCCAAGCUACAAAUUGUUUACCAGUUUGUAUACAACAAUAAUUCUCGUCAACAAACAGAAGCCUGUGAAGAUCUCCACUGUCCCUGGUGUUCGAUUAACUGUAACGAACUCUACACCUUGCUUAAGCACCUGAAACUGUGCCAUUCCAGAUUUACGUUUACCUACGUUCCUAUUAGUGUGGGGGCGCGCAUAGAUGUCGCCAUCAACGAAAUGUACGAUGGGUCGUAUACAGGGUCGCCGCACGAUCUCAUUACGCAGCCGUCGGUGUGCGCGUUUUCGAGAAACGGGCCUGUAAGGAGGGCUUCCGUCACUCAUAUUUUGGUAUGCCAUCCCAAGAGGCCCAAACCAAGUCUCUCUGAGUUUUUGGAGUUGGACGAUUGCGAGUAUGAUGGGCAGAGGCCUUUUAUCACUGGUCAUAAUAGACUAUAUCACCAUACCACCACUUGUCUUCCAAUGUAUCCGAAAGAAAUGGACGCCGAUUCCGAGGGCGAGAACGAUCCAGAGUGGAUACAGAAUAAAACCAUGAUGAUGAUUGACGAGUUUACCGAUGUAAACGAAGGCGAAAAAGAACUAAUGAAACUCUGGAACCUCCACGUAAUGAAGCACGGUUUCGUCGGCGACUGCCAAAUACCUCUAGCGUGCCAAAUGUUCGUCCAGCAAAAAGGCGAAGAACUCCUCUUGAAGAACCUCUACAGAAACUUCGUCCUACACCUCACCUCCCUCUUUGAUUUCGGCCUCAUCAGUGCCGUGUGCCUGUACACCACCCUCCAAAAACUGCAACAACUGGUCGGCGAGACUCACGCCAUCAGAAACGUACUGAAGAACGCUCGCGAGGCCCAAUUAGAAACGUUCAACUUGAACAAGACCAAUCAGAAUUCUUCUCCGCACGCGGAUAAAGCUCUGGGCAAUGGCGGAUCGUCCAAGACGACGCAGCAGGGUCGUAAGACGGCGAGUAUAGGGUUGCAAAGACGCAAGGCGCUGGCUACCGAUGCCCUGCCACCGCGCAGGAAAAGUCUAUGUGUGGAAGCCCUGGCGGCUACCAAGAAACGACUUAAUCUUAACCUAAGUAAGACAUUGGAUGGUGGGAAGCCCAGCUAGUGGAUGCGCGAGUGUAACUGUGGGAUUGUUUAGUUAAAAAAGUUGACUCAUGAAGCGUCGAGGUGAGUAACUGAAGUAGGUUGACUCUAAAUAGAGACUUUCGAAUUUGAGUCAUUACGGAUAAUUUAUUUAUUACCUUAGGAAACUAAGGGCAAUGGACUAUAACAAUAACAGGAUCAACUUUUUAAUAUCAGUGAGUUUUAGGUUUAUGUUAGUACAUUGUUAUUGUAAGUCGGAGUUUAUACAUGGUGACUAAGUGUUCCUAAAAAGCUAAUAAAAUCACUAGUAACAUAUCCAUUCCUUCCACUAGCAGAUACUGCUUCAUUUUUCUUGAUAAAAUAAUACAUAAAAAAUGUCUAUACCUAUG